AUGGACCUAUUCAACCAAAACAUGGAUUCAACAAAGUUAAUGGUAGAUAAUUUAGAACGGACUGAAUACAGUUUAGAAGAACAAGUGGCUUUUUGUUUUUUCUACCGUGUGAUGCCAUCUAAAAAGUCAAGUUUUACAGUUAUACGAGUAGUUGGUGGAGUAAAAAGUAAUGUUUUUUCAGCCACUGGUUUUAAUAACUGGAAAAAUUCAUUAGAUAAAGAGGCCACGAUGAAAGUUCUAAUUCUAAUAACAAGGGGUGUUUUCAAAGAAUUUAUUCAGUUUUUGACAAGUAAUGGUGACAGUAUUUUGGCAGUUCAUUUAAAAAAUUCACCUCAUAAUGCUAUGUAUCUUAGUCCUGAAAUCCGAAAUGAAAUGGUGUCUAUUACUGGUGAAAGUAUUAAAAGUUACAUAGUAAAAGAAGUAAUUGAAUGUGGUCCGUUUUCUAUUUUAAUGGAUGAAACGUCAGAUUUAUCCUAUAAAGAACAAGUUUCAAAUUUUGUACGGUAUGUUAAAUUUGGAAAUCAAAAUUAUACCAUUUGUGAACACAUUAUUGCUCUGCAAGAAACUAAUCAAACUACUGGUGAAGCUUUAACUGAACUUAUUUUAUACAUACUAAGCAAAAAUAAUCUUUUAGUAGAAAAUCUUGUUGGUCGAGGGUAUGACGGUGAAAGUAAUAUGAGGGGUGCAAUUAAAGGAGUACAAAGUCGAAUUAAGGAAAUAAAUCCAAAUGCACUUUACACUCAUUGUUUUAGUCACAAUUUAAACUUAGUUUUAAUAAAUUCCUUGACUGGAAGUAGGCACACCAUACUUAAACAUUUCUUUGGAACAGUGGAAUUAAUAUAUUCGUUUAUUGAAGGAAGUCCUGUUCGACAUUCAUAUUUUAUAUCAAAACAAAAAUGUCCACUUCGUUACACUAAUGACAAUACCACGUGUCUACAUUUCACUAAUUGUUCAGGAGAAUGA